GCGGAAGAGUAUCUGCUUGUCCAUAAUGUUGGAGCACAGCAUGAUACUAAAGACUGCGGGCUGAAAAGGAAUUAAGACGUUCCGGUAACAACAGAGACUCACAUCGGUGAAAGCCUCGCUGUGCACACCAACAGUAAUUUGCACCUUGCGCCUACCCUUCGUUUGGAGCCCAGUGCAACAUUCUCCAUUGCCAACAGCAUCAAAGGGACCCAUUUCAUAUUUGGACCAGUGCCUGGUGCUGCUGCAGUGACAGCUCUCCGAUUGGGUCAGAUUGAGACUCAGACGCAGAUUGCUCUCCAGCAGCUUGCUACACUAGUGACCAUAACUAUUGGACACCAGUGGCACAACAACAACGGAUUUGCAGUGGCAUUACCGCCUCACCUGGGCCUCCUGAGUCUUUUCAAUAGACAGCAGGUUUCAUCUGUUGGGCUUCACGUGGACACAAACGGAAAAGCUUCCAGAAACACAAGUCUCUGUUGCCAUGUACCACCACCACUCCCAGCAACAAGGACCACCGCCUUUCUCUAAUGGGCCUAGGCCACCUCAUCAGCAACCUCCAAAUCAGCAUCAGAAUCGUCCUCCCUCUAAUAUGCUGUCGCAGGUGAUGGGUUUCCAGUUUCCUCGUCCUACCCAGCUUCCUGAUGAAAUAGAGUCUGCCCUGUCUAUCCGGGGUGCUAGAGACAUGGAUCACCGCCUCAUUGACCACAUGAACCGACCGAACCAACACCAGAAUCAAGGCUCUGGUUCUGGGAUCAGUCAACAUGGAAGCUACUGCUCUAACCCAAUAACACUCACCUCUGAUAAUCAGCCUGGCCACCAGCAAGGAGUAGACUGGUCAAGCUAUCAACCUCCAUCUAAGCUGUUUGCCAGUCCUCCACCUAAUGCUAGCCACCAGUCCCAACGACAACAGGGGCCGCAACAGCAGCCACAGAGCACCCAUGCUGGAACAAGCAUCCCAAGCUGGACAGCCCCUGUAUGUGAGUCAACAGCACCCCAAGCACGGCACCCCCAUGCUGGCGGAAGUGGCGGAAGUGCGGAUGGCCAGGCUUUGUACACACCCGAGAGUGCAGGAAGCAUCUUGGCUAGCUUUGGACUUUCAAAUGAGGAUCUAGAAGUGCUGAGUCACUACCCUGAUGAUCAGCUAACUCCAGACACUUUACCAUUUAUACUCCGUGACAUCCAGAUCAAUAAGUCAGGCAACCAGAAAACGGUGACCUCCACUUCCUCCUCCUCGUUCUCACGCAGCAUCCAUGAUAUGCCGCUGCCUCUUUCCCGCGCUUCACCGUUGACACGUUCACGUACACCAGAAGUACCCAGCCUUCUUACUGUUACACAGACUGCAGGUAAAGUCAUUGACUAUGGUCAUGCAAGUCGGGCAAAGGACGAGACUAGGACCAGAGAGACUUUCAAAAGAGAGCGGCUCUCCAAUGAAAGGACAGUAAAAAUGUACCCAUCCUCGUCCUCCUCAUCAAAUCCAAAGUUGGAUAAAGCUGAAAGGCGGCAGGUUAAUUUGGAACGCAGUGAUUCAAGCAAGCACGGAGACCGGGACUAUCGCAGGACGAGUAGCAACCAUCGCAAGAGCAGUGGGUCACCUGGGAGAGAAUUUCCACCAUCGUCCAAAUCUCGUAAUCUGGACCGGGACUACAGGCGUGACGGACCCAAACCUAGGCCGCCAUCUGAAGCCAAGAGCGAAGCUUCCUUGAGACGGUCUCUCUCCUCUUCGUCUGGCUCAAGACCACACAGCAGCAGCAAGAAGUUACCGACCCCCACCAUGAUAAGUGAUUUCUCAGCUGUGUCUCCAAAGGUGUAUCCCCAUACCUGCUCCCUGUGCCACACACAGUGUGAUCAGGAAAAGGACUGGGUUGAACAUAUUAACACCGUCAACCACACUGCUGCCUGCAGAGACUUGCGCAACAAGUACCCUGGCUGGAAACCAAAUCUACCAAGUCGGAGCGGACGAUAUGGCAGCCGGGCUCUGUUGGAUCCCAAGACUCACUCUCCAUCCCACUCUGUGUGUCAAUCCCUCUCUGGUUCUCCUACCCCGAGUCCUCCUCGCAGCAAACAUAGAGUGGGCCCCCAUCUCAAUAGGCUGCACACGGGGCCCUACUCUCCUCACAAUCAACCUCACCACCAACAUUACACAGGAGGUUCUUUUCGAAGUGGUGUGACGCGUCCUCACGAUGUAAACAAGUUCUCCACUGGAGCCAGCCGACAUCCAUCCUCGUCUAAGGGAGUUCAUAGCUCCAAACAUGGACCACUACAGUCAUUCACCAAAACUAUCAAGAGUGGGACCAAGCCUGGAACCAAGACGACGAGGACGUCUGCCAAGCUCCCACCACCCAAGAAGAAGAGGAAAAUAGUGCCUCCGGCCUCCCAGGACUCGUCUGUUGCAGCUCGUCUGGUUUAUCUGACGGGCAUCCCUAAGGAUGCGUCUGAGCAGGAAGUUACCGACAUGGUGGGGUCCUUUGGCAAGAUCAACAACGUGAUCCUAAUGCCAUGCUCGGAGGAAGAGAGCCAGAAGGGGGAAGGACAAAAGGCGUCGGUAUGCAUGGUGAAGGCUGAAUGCGCCCAGGCUCUGGCCAGCUCCACACAUCUCUCCAUCAGAGGCCAACAAAUCAUUGCUUCAAUCGCCAAGAAACCUGAAGCAGGGCAGUCUUCUGACGCUAACAACAGCAAGCCUGCUCCAGCACAGGACAAAGAUGCUGCUGGGGAGGAUUCUGCCCCCUGUCUCUCCCUCCUCCAACUCCCCACCACAGGAGGCGAGGCUGACCAGAAGACUUCUGAUGAGAAGGGCAUGGUGUUGGUCACAGGACUUCCGGAGAGCGGCUGGUCAGAGAGUGACCUCAUCAAGCUGGUCCAGCCCUUCGGAACUCCCUCUGACAUCAUCACGGCAACACAAAUUGGAAAGGUACUUGUGUCAAUGCCAGACAUGGAGAUUGCUCAAGACAUUGUGAAAGUCCACGACUUCAUCCCUGCAAAGAUCCAAGACUCAGAGCUGAAGAUGAUUCAUCUCAAACAGCGUAUUGGUCUCAGCACACCGGUGGCUCUCUACAAUCUUCUAAUGGGAUCAGUGGACACAUUAGAGAGUUCUGUUCUCGUCGGCUGGAGCUGUCUAUUAGUGAUCAGUAAUGUUCCCAACACACCAUCCGGCUCCUCUGAGGUGCAGAAAUUAGUGCGACGCUUUGGUACUGUCAUCAAGACCCUUGUGCUUAACAAUACGGUCAUCUGUGAAAUGGCUACUGCAGCUAUGGCCUUGUCUGUGUACAAACGUUUCCAGAUGUUUCCGUGCAUCAUCCAGAACAACCCGCUGUUCUUCUCCCGCAAGCCAGACCCCAAAGCCAAUACACAGACCAAAGUCAUUACCGCAUUCCUUGAUUCCUCUGAGGAUACACCUGCGACUAACAAAGGCAGCCAAGCAGCAGCUGGAGACAAAGAGGAGACGGCACCUCAAGAGAGUUCUGAAUCUCUAUUGGAGGGGACUGAAACAGACGAGAAGACGAAGAUCACCGACAUGACAGUUGGUGAAGACGAAGCUUUGGGAGAAAACAGGAGCCAAGAAGACGACGACGACGUCAUCAAAAAGGACGAGGUUGCUGUUUCUGACUCUAUGGCUGCACCAGGCGCUGAACCAGAAGCAGACAUGGAGACGCACAUGAGGGAAGGAUCAGCUGUUGAAACUGUCAUGGAGAUGGCAGAAGAGACCAAAGAUGUGUAUGCAUCCACGGCAGCCAAUGACAAGACUCCUGCUGGUGAAGAAACAAAGACGUCUAGCUCUGAUGGCGACGCAGCUUCCCAGGAGGCGGCCAUGCCAGAGCUCCCUAAGAUGACACAGGAGAUGGUUAACGCACUGCUUGUGGAGUGCCGAACAAGAACCGUCGGCCAUCCCAACAUCACCGCGGCUCCCACCAACGGAGAACAGGGGGGAAUACAAAUGGAGACAGAGCAGGGUGACAUGGCAACAAAGGAGACAAAAGAGCCAGCCAAGAGUCACACUGAGGAGGAGGAGGUGAAGAAGCAGGAGAGGGAGCAAAAAGAGAAGGAGGCGAGAAAAGAGAAGGUGGCGAGGAAGGAGAAGGAGAGAAGGGACUGGGAGAAGGAGGAGAGGACCAAGCGGGAGAGGGAGCGGAGUGAGAGAGCCAGGAGGGAGAGGGAGAGGAGGGACAGAGAGAGGCGGGAAAGGAAGAGAGCAUACAGUGAAGAUUUGCCAGGGUCAAGGUCGUCCUCCAGGUCAGAGGGAUACAAGCAGAGCUCCUGGAAGGAUGAACCGUGUCACAACUCUGAAGCGGAGACCGAAAUGGUGGAGGAGGAGUUUGAUGACUUCCCAUUCAACUUGAGUGACUUUGUGACAGUUGAUGAAGUUGGAGAUGUGAAUGAACUUCCUUCCUCUCCUCCCUCCUCUGUUCCCAUGGAAACCACAGAGGAAGGAGAGGAUGCUCCCACAUCUAUCCAGCAGGAAACUCCAGGGGACACGUCCACGAACGUGCCAGUCGCCCCAGCGACCCCGGUAGAGUGUGAUGAGUACGCAUCAGAGUCCGAACCUGUGACUGUGCCCACAGCUGAGACUACAUAUGUUUUAGAGUCUUCAACUUUAACAGUCAUCGCUGCAGCUUCCCCAGAGACUUCGCAUGCUGACUCUUCGCCGAGCCACAUGCAUGUGCCAACAGGCCGACCAGAGGCUCCCAAGACUGAGAUCACACCUGAGACCGCCACUCUGGACUCCACCACUGAGGUUAAACUGCUUCCUGCACCUGCAGCUUCAGCUGCCCCAACUGGCUCCUCCUCAAACAGCCCAGGAACAGGAGUAGGGACUUCAGAGGGGGAGAAAGAGGAGAAUGAGAAGAAUGCACCAAAUCACAGUCAGGCUAAGAAAGAGGAGAUCGUGUUGAACAAAACGGAGAAGUGGGAUGAAAAGGACAAAGAGAAGGAAGCUCCUUCUGUGGAAACGGGAAUGCACGAGAGGUCUGAAGAUCAAGCAAACAGCGAAGAGGAGAGUUUGAGGAAGAAGUUAAUGAUAAACACUCUCACAGAAUACUCCCUUCCUCCUUUUAACCCCAGCUGCCCAGUUGGUAUGGAGUACUUGGUCCCAAAGACGGGUUUCUUCUGUAAAGUGUGUAAUCGGUUCUUCAGUGGAGCCAAAGAGGCAGAGAUAAACCACUGCAAGACCCUCAAACACUAUGAGAACCUACAGAAAUACUUGAAGACAACUGACCCAGAAAAUGUGUUGGUCAAACCCGACUCCACCUGAAUGCGGCUCUGAAAGUCUUGACUGAAUUCACCAUUCCCCUCCUGUUGUAUUGUCUCCUCGUUUCUCACUAAGGGUCCAGAUUCUCAUAUUGAUGCAGAUUAGAAUAUGUACUAUAAAUCUUCUCUUUCUUUUUUUUUUUUUUUUAAGAGAGAUGAGUAGAAACUGGAAACAGUGGAAGGUGGCUGACUGUAAGGACAAUAAACAGUUUGACUAAAUGGUCUGUUUGUGGUGUACGCUGAGAGCUCUGAUGGUAAAACAACAUGAAGAGAGGCUUUAAAGCAGGUCUGACCACACAGAGUAGGGCUGCAACGGAUCAUGAAACGGCUCGGAUCAGCACAAUAGAAGUAAGGGUGCACAUAAUUUUUAGAGAUUCAGUUUUCUUUUCCAAUUCAGUUUAUUUUGUAUAGCCCAGAAUUACAAAUUAUCCUCAGAGGGCUUAACAAUCUGUACACAUACGACAUGUGAAGUGAAAGGUCGAACAAAUGAUUUUACAUGAUCAAUUAAUGGGCAAAAUGGGGUUGGAACAGGAAAGUUGAUUCCUAUGUCUAACAUGCAGAUAAUAUUUGAUAUAUUUGACACAUAAUCAAGGUUGUUAAAGUAAAUAUUCUCAUUGGAAUGCUCUUGAAACAACGGUUAUAUGUAAUCUAGACAUCUAAUAAACUGACUUUACAACCAAAUUU